UGGAUGGAUGGAUGGAUGGAUGGAUGGACGUUCAGGCUGUGCUCCUCAGGGAGCAGCACUAGGCGCUUAGGUUUCACUUUUCAUUCUCAGGUUGCUAAAUGCUUUGAGGAGAUGAGUGACUUUUUCCGUGCCAGGGAGAAAUCAGCACCGAGAUAUUAAAAAAAAAAACUUGGGGAAAAUCUUGGCCAGGGCCCAGGAUCCCUCAGAGGCAAGCAGGGAGCAGCUGUGGGUCCCGAUGUAGGGACUUGUAAAAGCUACAAAGAUUGGAUGUUUUUGGGGGGAACUGCAGCAUUUGAUCCUUGUAAGAGUAAUAAGGGAUGGAAGCUGUGAAGGAACUGUAGAGGUGACUUUGUAGUAGGAACAUCCCACAGGUGGUGGAAGCUGGGGUGGGACUGUCCCUGUCCUGUGGCCCUGUGCAGGGUGUGACAUCUGCCCAUGACAGAUGGACACUGGGGAGCUUGGGGGAGUGUUUGUGUUCAUAAUGCCUGAGCUGGACAGAGGGGUACAGAGGACCCCCAAUCAUUUCCAUCAGAGUAGUCUAAAUAAAACUAAUCCAUAGAGAAUUGCCUCUUGUGGCAAGAAACCAAAACUGAGAGACAGCAGGAGAGGAAGGCUGUCGCCUACAGCAUCAAUACUCCUGUGGGCUGAGGAGAUGCAGGACUAAUAAGAUUUAAAUACUGCAUCAAGCUUUCAUUUUCUCUUCUUCUAAAAUCACAUUUGCUAUGAAACAAAUGUACAGUAAUAUAAGAUGCCACAGUCACUGCACAUAUUUGAUUUCCUCUGUGAUUAUAAAGGAGAAAAUGUUGAUGACUCAACAAGUCUGUGUUUAACAAAACUACAUCAAACCCCAGGAAAACAUGCUCUUUGAUGGCAUAAUAAUUUUUUUGUUGUUUAUUUUGCUCUUUAUUUUUGUUUCAGGGUUGUUUUGCUUUUUAUUGUUAAGAACUAUGCUUUGACUAUGACCUUGUAACAUCACAUCCAUAAAUAGAAGUAGGUUUAGAUUCAGGGGAAACACAUUUUUUCCAGUGAUGGAAGAAGUAGGCCAGCCAUGCCAGCUCUCAUGAGAGGUGGGAAAGGCAGUGGCAGCUGUGAUAAGAAAUGUCACACACUAGGAAUUAAAGCACACAAAUUUGUUAUCUAUAAGUUUACUAUCAUUGAUUAGAGUUAGCUUUUUGUGAACAUCAUAAUGGAAGAAAAUGCUAUUUUCAAAUUUGAAUUUACUGCUGCUCCAUAGGUUUUUCUAUGAAAACCUACAGUGGAUUAAGCAGCUUCCCAUCUUCAUCAAAGUUUAAGUGAACUGUCACUUAACUGAAAGUAAAAAGCUUCUGAAAGAUGUCUGGAGGAGACAUGGCCAAACCUCUGCUGGGCCACGGGAGCACGGAGGGUGACUGCAGCCCCCCGGCGCCGGCCGGGCGCCCCGUGGGGGUGCUGGGCAGCGGGGACUUUGCGCGCUCCCUCGCCCUGCGCCUCGUCUGCUCCGGGCUCAAGGUGGUGGUCGGCAGCCGCAACCCCAAGCGGAAAGCCAGCCUGUUCCCUGCUGCAGCAGAGGUCACCUUCCAGGCAGAGGCGGUGAAGAAGGCGGAUGUCAUCUUUGUGGCGAUUUUCAGGGAACAUUACUCCACCCUCUGUGACCUGGCUGAUGUGCUGGUGGGCAAGAUCCUGGUGGAUGUUAGCAACAACACCGAGAUCAACCAUCACAAGGAAUCCAACGCCGAGUACUUGGCCUCCCUGUUCCCAGCCUGCACCGUGGUAAAGGGGUUUAAUGUGGUUUCUGCGUGGACGCUGCAGUCGGGUGCCAGGGAUGGAAAUAAGCAGGUUCUGAUCUGCUCAAAUAACCAAGAAGCCAAGCGCACCGUAGCAGAAAUUGCCCAAGUCAUGGGAUUCACCCCUGUGGACAUGGGCUGCAUGUCAUCAGCCCGUGAGAUCGAGAACAUUCCCCUGCGCCUCUUGCCAGCCUGGAAAAUCCCCAUCUUUUUGGCUCUGGGGCUUUUUCUUUGCUUCUUCACCUACAACCUGAUCCGGCAGGUCAUCCACCCUUACAUCAGGGAGCAGAAGAACAAGCUGUACAAGAUCCCCAUCGAGGUGGUGAACACCACUCUGCCCUGCGUGUCCUACGUCAUGCUCUCUCUGGUCUACCUGCCCGGGGUGCUGGCAGCCUGCUCCCAACUCUACUAUGGCACCAAGUACAGGCGCUUCCCAGAUUGGCUGGACCAGUGGCUCCAGCACAGGAAGCAGAUUGGUCUCCUGAGCUUCUUCUGUGCAGCCCUGCACGCUGUGUACAGCCUGUGCCUGCCCAUGCGCCGUUCCCACCGCUACCUGUUAAUCGAGACGGCCGUCAAGCAGGCUGUGGAGAAGAAGAUGACAAUCUGGGUAGAGGAGGAAGUCUGGAGGAUGGAGAUUUAUAUCUCUGUUGGAAUAAUUGCCCUGGGCUUGCUGUCGUUACUUGCCAUCACUUCACUUCCAUCCAUCGCAAACUCUCUCAACUGGAGGGAAUUCAGUUUCAUUCAGUCCUCCCUCGGAUUUGUUGCCUUGGUGGUCAGCACUCUGCACACACUCACCUACGGCUGGUCGAGGGCCUUUGAUGAGAAUCAGUACAAAUUCUACCUGCCCCCCACCUACACCCUCACACUGCUCGUCCCAUGCACUGUGAUCAUAGCCAAAGUCAUCUUCAGUUUGCCCUGCAUCCAGCACAGACUUCUGCGAAUCAGGAGGGGCUGGGAGAAGGGCAGAUACGUCAAAUUUGUUCUGCCCAGCGCAACGGGGGAGUUUUCAAGCGGGGAGACCUCCAGUAAUGUCUGACAGCCCCAGCUUUGAGGAUUUCUAAGCACUAUCAACAUUUCUAUAAAGAUGUUUCUUUUUCUUAAAUAUAUGUAUGUUUUGGUACAAUGGUAUUGUGGAUAAAAAAAAAUAAAAUUUGGUGACUUUAGAAAAUGGAUGGCCAUCAAACUAGGUUAGGCAGUAGUAGUGAAAUUGUAUUGCUGAUUUGCUAGGACAAUUAUUGCCUUAAAAAUGACUGUGAGAGCCGAGCUAGCAGCACUAACAUACACAGGAAACUGAUGGACUCUGUUAGUCAGAUCAGUCACUUGAUGUGCUGGCUGGCAGCUCCCCAAACCAGUACUUCUCGGUUGCUUUCCUAGCUGCUCUCAUAAUGCCUUUUUUUUUAACACGAGGUUGCACAGAUUUUCUGGGGUUUAUGACUGCAAAGAUACCCUGCCUCUUGAGUGUAUGGAUCAAUCAAGGCAGUGAGGUUUACAAAGAUCAAUUGCUGUUGGUUUUGUUCUCCUCAGUGAACUCUGCGGACAAGUCAGAACAGCUAAAUUCAUCUUAUUGUGACAGCAGAUUUUACUAAAAACAUCAAAUCUGACAGUAA